AUGAUAUCAACAAGCAUUCAGAGUUGCUUAGACUGGUUGUCUUUGGACGUUCCGAGCGAUUUGACUGUUGAAACUGGAGGAGCUCGUUUUGCACUUCACAAGGCUCCCCUGGUAUCAAAAUGUGGUCGAAUACGCAGAAUCAUUGUUCUCCCCAACCUUGCAAACACAAUAGCAGUUCUGCGCAGCUGCAAUAACCUGCUCCCACUCGCUGACGACCUUCAAAUUGGGAACAGAUGCAUUAAAAACAUCGUAACUGCAUAUCGAUUUCUUGAGAGAAUAGUGAGCGUCAUUAAAGCCAGAGGAGUUAAGCAGGAAAUCAUAAGUGGAGCUCUCAUGAAUUACGCUCACAAUUCACUGGAUGGUCUCAGCCAGAAGCAGAGAGAGCAGCGAUCUGUGGUGGAAGGAAUUGCGGCUCCUCUGCCGCCAGGUAAAAGUGCGGCCCCAGCCAGUUUUCUGUCUGGUCUGCUCAGAACGGCCAUUACAGUGGACGCCUCGCCUCACUGCAGAAUGGAAUUGGAGUCGAGACUCGCCAUGAGUCUCGAUCGUGCGACCUCUCAUGAUCUUCUUCUGGUUGUUUCUUUUUUGCACAGCUCUGAUACUCUGUUUGAUGUGGAGGUUGUGCAGCGGGUUGUUACCAAUUUCUGGGCAUUCGCUUUGACAGACUCUGCGGAAGAUGAACAAGGGGUGGUGGAGAUUGACAGUCAGAGUGGGAACGCCAUGGAAAAGAUUUCGACGCUCAUGGACAAUUAUCUGGCGGAGAUUGCACCGGACAAGAACUUCAACAUCUCCAAGUUUAUAUUUUUAGCGGAGGCUAUUGGGGAGAAAGGGCGCUUGGUUGACGACGGGCUGUACAGGGCCAUUGAUAUUUGCCUCAAGAAACAUAUACUAACUAAGGGUGCAACGAACGGGGAGCGAAACAAGCUAUGCAAGCUGGUGGACUGUCAAAAGCUGUCGGCGGAAGCAUGCAUGCACGCCGCCAAAAAACAUCGCCUACCUCUUCACGUCGUCGUGCAAGUUCUCUACUUCGACCAGCUCAGACUUCGCCAUGAAAUCAAGAUCGGAAGCGCAAACGAAUUAGAAUAUGGAGACAACUGUCCUUCGCAGGUGAUGAACAAACGUUUUUUGAGUGCAUUAAGUUCGUCCAGGGAUGGUAUGAAUCAGUUCGAAUGGAGAACAGAGAUCUCAGAUUUGAAUUCUGUCGGAUGA